AUGAGAUUGUGGGUAAGUUUUUGAGCAUCUGUUUGUGCGACUUCGUAUUUUACACCUACCUUCCAAAGAAACGAUUUAAAAAAAAUCUUUUAGACCUUGUCUAUGCUUCUUGCAAUUUUCGCGGCCUUCGAAACCCUUGGAUUGAUCAUUUUCUUCUCCGCCAUCGACUUUCAAUCAGUCUCUUUUGUUCUGGGCCUCUCAAAUUUGGCCAAUAUUAUGCUGAUUAUUGGAUCUACUCGGCACUUUGUAUGGCUGCAAUUGUUUUAUUGCGCACUGCAAGUAAGUGUAUGGAUUUUUUUUGAAUCUGAUCAAGACAAAUGAACGAACAUUUGAACAUUUAUGUACUUUUUGCAAGUUUUGGCUGAAAAAUUUCAGCUAUUUCUACCGUAGAGAGUAAUGUUACCACACAAAAAAAUCAAUUUUUCCCCCGCGGGAAACUGGCAAAGAUACGGCUAAAAAGCUUUAUUUCUCACUGACCGCUCCCUAUGUUUUGCGUACUCUCUCGGACACAAAGAUUGUUGAAUAUCUCGGCUGUGCCUGCAAAGCGCGAGCUAAAAUUUUCAGGAAUUUAAUACAUGGCGUAUGCCCAAAUUGUAUGUAAAGUUUAGCCAAAAUCUGAGCGUUGCACUUGGGAUACUUUUUUAUUGGUCUGUCGGGAAAAUAAUGUGGAUUAGUCUCGUUUUGGAAUUGCCCAUUAUUGCUAUGCCAGGACUAGCAGCUGGAGAUUUGGAGAGCGACUGCGACGAAGCGAGACAUGUUGUAGCGACAAACCCACAUUAUUUUCCCGACAAACUAUUUUGUUCAAAAAAUAGUCUGAUUUUUUUCCAAUUUUCAGCAUGUCGUCUCCAUGUUCAAAGGACUGGUCUUUGGUAUUGGCUGGAUCAUUCUGAACAUUAUCGAUUUUGCGGGUGUAAAUUUGAAAAACGAAUACUUUUACCCAAACAUUUUCGUAUUCCACAAGGGCCUCGCCAUGGGAAUGGGAGUGUUCUUCAUCAUGGAGGCGCUCUUCUUCCAAUUCCACAUUGCCAUUGUCUAUCGGAAUUGUGUUAUAUUGGAGACGAUUAAUCGACAUAUCGCGGAGAAUCGGCAACGGCAAGCGGAGAUUCGGGAGAUUGAAGAGGACAGGAGGACGCCUAAUUCGUUUGACACUUAUUAUGAGGAUGUUCGAUGA